AUGCCUCGCUACAGUACGGAUACUGUACUUACCAUCUCCACUACAACAAAAACUAACUUUCCCAAUUUUGAGACUCAUCUCAGGACCGUAUCCAAAUGGUUUUUGGACUCUAACAAGAGACACUCUCUCAACUGCAUCGAGGCUGCCGCGGCGCAACGCUUUAUCAUUACGACACUUGCCCACCUGCAAUUAGCAUCGCUGACUCUAGGCAUGUUGCCUGGCUGCCCAGCUGAUGAGGUGCUUCAGGCUACUGCACCUAUCCCGCGGAACGGCGCUCCGGACCUCUGGACCCUGAUUUCCAACUGUGAUCUCGAUCCCAAGUUGCACAUACUACCCCUCUUUCCACAACAGCUACACCAAAGGCAGGCAAGCAAGCAAGUAUUACAGUACGACAGAAAAAAGGUCUAUUUCAUAGCUCAUGCAGGGCCCAAUCCUGUUGUUUCCAGGAUGAUGUCUGUACCGGUAUUGGUCGGACCCUGUAAAUCCUCUUUGUGUCCCAGGGUUUCUCCAUGCUCAUGCUCAACGCCAGAGGAUGAUCAACAAGCAAGAGGAGAACGAUCAUCAACAAGAUCCAGGAGCAUGGGAAUGGCCUGGCUACCUACCUGGGCGUUCAUCGAGCGUCUUUGGAGAGGUGGUAAAAAAAGAUUUUCCCCCCCGCUCUUGGCUCAAGCUCGCUUACUCUCUCAAUCACCAAUACCAUCGAUGACUGGUGAGCCUUUGCUGGCUGCCAAUGCAACACACGAGAGGGGCUGA